UCCUGGAAGACUGUGAACCUUCAAGGACUGAAGCUCCCUGUUUUGCUGAGGCCCGGAGACCCCAUGGCCUCACUGAGUCGAGCCCUACGUGUGGCCGCUGCCCAUCCUCGCCAGAGCCCUACCCGGGGCGUAGGGCCAUUCAACCUGUCCAAUGCAGCUGGCCCCACAGCCGAGAAGAGUGUGCCGCAUCAGCGGACCCUGAAGGAGGGACAAGGCACCUCGGUGGUGGCUCAAGGCCCAAGCCGGCCCCUGCCCAGCACAGCCAACGUGGUGGUCAUCGGUGGAGGCAGCUUGGGCUGCCAGACCCUGUACCACCUGGCCAAGCUGGGCAUGAGUGGGGCGGUGCUGCUGGAGCGGGAGCGGCUGACCUCCGGGACCACCUGGCACACGGCAGGACUGCUGUGGCAGCUGAGGCCCAGUGACGUGGAGGUGGAGCUUCUGGCCCACACUCGGCGCGUGGUGAGCCGGGACCUGGAGGAGGAGACGGGACUACACACAGGCUGGAUCCAGAACGGGGGCCUCUUCAUUGCGUCCAACCGGCAGCGCCUGGACGAGUACAAGAGGCUCAUGUCGCUGGGCAAGGCGUAUGGUGUGGAAUCCCAUGUGCUGAGCCCGGCAGAGACCAAGACUCUGUACCCGCUGAUGAAUGUGGACGACCUCUAUGGGACCCUGUAUGUGCCUCACGACGGUACCAUGGACCCCGCUGGCACCUGUACCACCCUUGCCAGGGCAGCUUCUGCCCGAGGAGCACAGGUCAUUGAGAAUUGCCCAGUGACUGGCAUUCGUGUGUGGACGGAUGAUUUUGGGGUGCGGCGGGUCGCAGGUGUGGAGACGCAGCAUGGUUCCAUCCAGACACCCUGCGUGGUCAACUGUGCAGGAGUGUGGGCAAGUGCUGUGGGCCGGAUGGCUGGAGUCAAGGUCCCGCUGGUGGCCAUGCACCAUGCUUAUGUCGUCACCGAGCGCAUUGAGGGGAUUCAGAACAUGCCCAACGUCCGUGAUCACGAUGCCUCUGUCUACCUCCGCCUCCAAGGGGAUGCCUUGUCUGUGGGUGGCUAUGAGGCCAACCCCAUCUUUUGGGAGGAGGUGUCAGACAAGUUUGCCUUCGGCCUCUUUGACCUGGACUGGGAGGUGUUCACCCCACACAUUGAAGGCGCCAUCAACAGGGUCCCUGUGCUGGAGAAGACAGGAAUCAAGUCCACGGUCUGCGGCCCUGAAUCCUUCACGCCAGACCACAAGCCCCUGAUGGGGGAGGCACCUGAGCUCCGAGGGUUCUUCCUGGGCUGUGGCUUCAACAGCGCGGGAAUGAUGCUGGGUGGUGGCUGUGGGCAGGAGCUGGCCCACUGGAUCAUCCAUGGGCGCCCAGAGAAGGACAUGCAUGGCUAUGACAUCAGGCGCUUCCAUCACUCGCUCACGGAUCACCCCCGCUGGAUCCGAGAGCGAAGCCAUGAGUCCUACGCCAAGAACUACUCUGUCGCCUUCCCCCACGAUGAGCCGCUGGCCGGGCGCAACAUGAGGAAAGACCCGCUGCACGAGGAACUCCUUGAACAAGGCUGCGUGUUCCAGGAGCGGCACGGCUGGGAGCGACCGGGAUGGUUUCAUCCCCGAGGCCCAGCUCCGGUCCUCGAGUACGACUACUACGGGGCUUAUGGGAGCCGCGCGCACGAGGACUACGCCUACGGCAGGCUGCUGGCGGACGAGUACACCUUCGCCUUCCCGCCCCACCACGACACGAUCAAGAAGGAGUGCCUGGCCUGCAGAGGGGCCGCCGCUGUGUUUGACAUGUCCUACUUCGGGAAGUUCUACCUGGUGGGGCUGGAUGCAAGGAAGGCUGCCGACUGGCUCUUCUCCGCAGAUGUCAGCCGACCCCCAGGCUCUACCGUGUACACUUGCAUGCUCAACCACCGUGGGGGCACCGAGAGUGACCUGACUGUCAGCCGCCUGGCACCCAGCCACCAGGCCUCCCCGCUGGCCCCCGCCUUUGAAGGGGACGGUUACUACCUGGCUGUAGGCGGGGCCGUGGCCCAGCACAACUGGUCCCACAUCACCACCGUGCUGCAGGACCAGAAGUUCCAGUGCCAGCUCAUCGACAGCUCCGAGGACCUGGGCAUGAUCAGCAUCCAGGGCCCAGCCAGCCGAGCCAUUCUGCAGGAGGUGCUGGACGCAGACCUGAGCAACGAGGCCUUCCCGUUCUCCACCCACAAGCUGCUGAGAGCCGCAGGGCACCUGGUCCGGGCCAUGCGGCUGUCCUUCGUGGGGGAGCUGGGCUGGGAGCUGCACAUUCCAAAGGCGUCCUGCGUGCCUGUGUACCGGGCUGUGAUGGCCGCGGGUGCCAAGCACGGCCUCGUCAACGCAGGGUACCGCGCCAUCGACUCCCUGAGCAUUGAGAAAGGCUACCGGCACUGGCACGCGGACCUGCGGCCAGACGACAGCCCCCUGGAAGCAGGCCUGGCCUUCACCUGCAAGCUCAAGUCGCCGGUGCCCUUCCUGGGGAGGGAGGCCCUGCAGCAGCAGCGGGCCGCAGGCCUCCGCCGGCGCCUGGUGUGCUUCACCGUGGAGGACAAAGUACCCAUGUUUGGCCUGGAGGCCAUCUGGAGGAACGGCCAAGUGGUGGGCCAUGUCCGGAGGGCUGACUUUGGGUUCGCCAUCGACAAGACCAUCGCCUACGGUUACAUCCAUGACCCCAGCGGUGGGCCGGUCUCGCUGGACUUUGUGAGGAGUGGGGACUAUGCCCUGGAGAGAAUGGGGGUGACCUACGGUGCCCGGGCUCACCUGAAGUCACCCUUCGACCCCAACAACAAGAGGAUGAAGGGAAUCUACUGAGGGCUCAGACCCCAUGCCCCAUCCCAUGCUGUCCAUCCAUUCUCACAGGUCCCAAAUGGCCCUGGGUCCCAGGACCCUGGACCCAGCCAGAACUUGUGCCCUCCCUGUCCUUAGUCUAGGCCUAGUCCUGUGAAAACCCCCAAACCAGAUACGGACAGAGACCAAGAUGGCCCAUAGAAGGCAGUCUCUAAUCCACCCCAGUCCUCCCAGAAAGCAAGCCUGUAAGUGUCUUGGGCUCAGGGACCAUGGCUUGUAGCCCUCUCCAAGCUUCUAGAAGGUGCUUGGUAAGUACUUGAUAAGCCCCACGUGAAAA